AAACAAUUUUCACUAACUUGAUCAAAGUACCCUCUGUAAAAUUCUGUAAUGGUUUUGAUUUUUUUAGCUGAUUCUAGUUAGCUCUAUAAUCACAGUUACUUUCAAUGCAUUGAACUGUGAAGUUAGAAUGGUCUCUUUACUGAAGGGGGAUUCCUGACCCAUUUUCUGGUUAUUUUUAACUGCCGACAGGUAGAGACAGGUAAGGACAACGAGUUCUAACGGGACUUCAGCUGUUCGCUGUUGGGGCUCAUUUCGAGGAGCGCACUAGGGGAGAGAAGAUAUUUUUGAAGAGAAACAUUUAAAAUGCAUCCAUUAGAUCUUAGUCCAAGCGCGUGUGCUUUACCUUUGAGGACAAACGAUCAUACACAUUUUACUAUGACAAAUUUAACAGCAAAAGCAAAAGAAAACUCGAAUAAGUUACAAAUAUCAACAAAGAGAGAAAGGGAUUCCGGAAAGCGCGGUCGACCACGAGCCGAUUUAUUGACAACAUUAAUGAUUGAAGGAUCGUCAUCUAAAUCAAAGAUCAGAUGUGAUAAAUGUGGUCGUGCGUUUCCAAGAGAAAAAUCAUUACAGGCCCAUUUAAGAACACACACUGGUGAACGCCCGUACAACUGUGACUUCCCAGGCUGCUCUAAGGCAUUUUGUCAGAGCGGUCAGCUCAAGACCCACCAGCGACUUCACACAGGAGAGAGGCCAUUUGUCUGUGCCGAGGAAGGUUGUAGUGUGCGUUUCACUCAUUCCAAUCGCCACUGCAGUGAACAUCCACACGCAGGUCUCAUACGACUGGAUCUAGACUUGGCCCAGGUGGCAAAGAGACAUGAAGAAGAAACAAAUGCUGAGAUAAAGAGAUGGCUUAACAAGUACAUUCAGCAGUGCAAAGACAGAAUGUGUCCCAAAGCACCGAGCAAAGAGUCACUGCAAGAGGGAAACAUGCGCAAAUCACCCUCCCCUACACUUCUGUCUGCUGCGAUAACAACGAGAAGCUUAUCUCUACCCAGAAUACCGUCCGUCCCAUCGUUGACCAGUGGGGGCCUUCCUCCAUCCCCGACUUUCUCUUCAAUAAAAUCAUCUAGAUUGUCUCUCGAGUCUCGAGCUGACACGUACAUGACAUGGAGCCCGCCCCGUCAGUGUUCAGCUUUGUCGACAGGUUCCUCUUCAUCUGGAGUUUCAUCCAUUUCUUCCACCUCCUCCGUCCCACCAUCUCCUCCUCUCCGUCCUAAUUCUCCUGCUUUGGGGAAUUUUAUCUACUCUAGCCAGAUGGUUUUACAAGGAAAUGACAGCGAAGAGCUCCGGCCUGCCUCCCCAGCUGAUGGUGCUACUUAUCUGGGACUUUCUUCGCCUCCCUCAGGCGACAGCUCACCAGCUCAUGUGCACUCACCCCCACCACAGUCUUACCAGAUUCUCAACUCAAAGCCAGCCCCCCCGAAGCCUGAGUCCACCAGCUCCAUCUACUAUAGAGUCACACCAAAGAACCGAGAGAAGGACCGUUACAUAUCAGCACUGGCCCUCAUAGAACUUUCACAACGUUGAAAGUCUUUGCUGAAUGGUUACAGAGACCCCAAGUCCCUAGGUGGUUGGAAAUUUUGUUUUGUAAAUUGUAGCAAGUUCCAAACUAUGUGUAUGUACUUGUAUUCUUUAUUUCUUAUUAAGAAGUAAGAUGCUCCAAUGUGACUGUUACUGACAAACUAUUUGUUUCCAUGUGCAGGUACUAAAGCAUCUCAUGGUUCUGGUAGCCUUAUUUAGUUGUAGGAGUCCUGUCUGCGCUGUGAUUUUGUGUCCUUGCAUCAAAGCACUUUACAUUAGUUUUUCCCACUCUCCAUAAGUUCAAAUGAAGAACAUACAUGUAUUGAGAAUUGAGGCAGAACAUGCAAUAGACAAGUGUCUUGUUCAAGAAUUGGUCUUAUGUUGUGUUUCAUUUAAAACUGUGAAAACCGAGAUGAGCUAUGGUUUUGAGGACUUUCCAAACUAAAGAACAGAAAUUUCCUUCAUUUUGAAAUGCUCAUGGUGACUACUCGCUAGCAGAUGAUUGUGUCCUGUAACAUAAAAAUCAUGUGCUUCUUUUUUAAAACUGUUGUUCAAAGUAUCAUUUUGUGGAGCAAAAGUAUUUUAUUUGAAUUCACAUUUUUGUAUACUGAAUAGUUUUUCCCUUUGGGCUGGAAACUUUUGAAUGAGGCAGCAAAAUCAUGCAGAGAAACUGUUCAUGCUUGCAUACACUCUUACUAUUUUUAGAACAAGCUUACAAUUUAUAUUUUAUAACUAUGCAUCAAUUUACUUACUUGAAUGUGUUCAAGCGAUUAUGACGCUGUAUUUUUAUAUUUCAAAGUGGUUUUUGCAUGGCAAUUCAGUCUUGAAUGCUAGUUGUUUUGCUCCUCAUCCCUUCAUUUGAUUGAAAUUAUCAUUUGGGUUUAUCUUUUUCCUUGCUUUUUCACCAAAAUCCUCAUAAUGUGAUGGAGCUUUUAAGGCUAUUCCUUGCUCUUGUGUUAAAUUCCAGAAAUUUAUAAAAAACUGGACUUUCUUCAGCAUAUUAUAAUCAUCACAGCUCACUAAAUUGUUGCUUCAUUCCAGACUUUGCAAAAUUCAAAGUUAACAAAAGCAAUUUAUGUUAUUUUUUUUCACCUCCAAGUGUUCCCCUGGAGCUUGAGAUAUCAUGCUGAUGGUGCUUUUGAUUCAUGUCUGAUCCACAAAUUUACUGCUGAAUUUUCUCUAUUAUGAAAUGUCGGUAAAAAGUUAACUAACGUGUGAUGUUAAGUCUUCGAUUGUAAGGUUCGUCUAAGCACAUAAUUCAGAAAAAAAUGUAAUUUUUUUUGGUGUAUUAUUGCACUGUAUGAAGUGUUCAUAAUUUUGCCUUUGCUUCGAGCAGUUACUUUGUAUAGUGUGUAAAAUGAAAUAGAUGUAUUUAUCGUUUAGUUUUAAUGUCUUUGAACAAUUACUGUUUCCAAAAGAGUAUGCUUGUAUUUUCUGAGAAGCAAGGGAGCUAAAAGUUGUGAGGAUUUUCAGUUCUUAGAAAGGAUCAAGUCAAACAUGUAGUAAGCGUGUCAUAAGUUUGUACAAAGAAAUAUACAUAUAUGAUAUAUUAUUGGUGCUCUGAUGGAACCUUGCUAAGUUGAAUUUUAACGAAAAUUAUUUUUUACACCAAGAGAUUCCUGAUAUCUUGAAGCAUAGUGGUGUAUAAAUGUUAAAUCCAGAUUCAAACUGCAAAUGCUUGAAAACGCACUUUAAAUUUUGUGGGAACCUUGCUAUCCACCAUGAAGGAUGUUUUCUCGCUAACCCGGAUUUUGUAAUAAUGUAAAAAUACUUCUUUGCAGGAUUUUGUCCGAGGCCCAUCGCGAUACAUUGACAGAAGUUGACUGCUUUAGAGUUAACAUUAACUAUUUUUUGUCUUUCCUGUAAAAUUAUAACAUUUGAGUCGACGAGGUUCCAACGGAGUGCCAAAAAUAUGCUAGUAAGAGGUCUUUUUCAUCAAAUGUGUUUGUACCUACUUAAAAAAAGUUAAACCACUGUGUCCAAAACCUGAAAGUGAAGGUCACUAAAUGUUCUACACAUCUCUUGUGCAGUAGUUGCAACAGUGGUCACUCUGGAGUUAAAACGUUCAGUUGAUGCUGGGGUUACAUUAACAACCCAAUUUUGAUUAUUGGCAAAAAUAUGAAUGACCGUUCAUUUUACAACUUUUUGGGCUUUCCAUUACCAAAUCUUAAUUUGAAGGACAACUGUAGUUCAAUUUGAGGUUGUGAUCUAUGAAUUUUUCUGCUUUUUAUUUAAGCAUGCUCGUCUGUGAAGGCCAAGAUGAGGCACUUUUAGUCUCCCCCAAAUUUUGAUAUUCUCAUGCUCAAAAUUAAGUUAUUUAUGAUUAUUAUUAUUGUGUAUACUUGUACAAAAAGUGUUCAAAGAAAGAUUGCUUUUCGCUGUUCAUGAAAAAUGUUAUUUUGUCUAUAUAUUUACUUCCUUCCUCGUGUUCAGAGAGUUUGACAAAUAGAUAUAUUACUUUCAAUUAAUGUACUUUACAUGUUCAUUUUCUUUUGCCUGUGUUUUUAUUCCGCAUGUACGUAUAUUUCUGUACAGCACUGAAGUUGCCGUCCAUUGUACUUUGAUUUGCCACUCCAGCCUUGGAUUAUGACGUACCUCUUGCUUUAUAAGGCAAAUAUAGCUCAGAUAACAGGUAAUGAAUUUGCUGGAUGAAUAGCUUACCUUCAGAAAUGUAUAUUUAUUUCAAACAUUUUAUCUGCAAAGAAAAAUAUUAUGUAUUUUAAAUAAAUUGCCAGAAAUAGAUUGUGAUUCAAGUUACAAAUGGUAGAAAUGAAUUUCAUUAAACAGCAUAACUUAUUUCCAUGAAGAAAGAAAUGCAUUUUGAAGUGUUCAGUUCAUUAGAUAAAUAAUAAAAUAUGUAAGCAGAAACCCAAUUGGAAGGAUUUUUACAAAUGAAACAAGUAAGGGUUAUGAUGACAUUAAACUUUGAUGACUUUGAAAUUCUUUCAAUGUGUUUGAAAGUAAAGCAAAAAUUGUUGUAGUAGGCCACUUGUGUUUCUGAACUGGACUCUCAAUGGGGGUCGUUACAAAAUGUUCUCCAUUUUGUCGUAUUAUAUCUAUCAACAGAUCAGUGCUCUCACAGAGUCUCACAUUGAUUUUAAUGCCCUAUUCUGAUGUAUUGCUUUUGCUCAUGAGCUCAUCCUGAUUGAGUAUCCUCAGUAUGUUUGUGACACUAUUCAGUGCUGUGCUACAGUUUUAAGAGAAAGCGUAAAUUACAAACUUUAUUGGCAUUUACACUUUUUGAACACCAUGGCCAUUUGAAGUUAACAAAUAAAUUAGUUUGUUCAAAAGAAGUAAGAGAUCAUUGCCAAUGAAAAGAGUAAACAGCUAAAGUAUAUUUGUUUACAAUAUAUAUUUGCAUGUAUAUUAUAUAAAUUUAUACAAUACCUGUAUUUACCGUAACAGAUUUUGUAUAUUUUACUAUAAAUUACUAUAAAAGACUAUUUUUUAGUGUUGUUAAAAAAAUAAUUGUACACCUUUAUGACGAAAAUAUGAUUUUAGCAUGCAUAAUACAUUUUCUAUAUGACAGUUUCGUAUUUUGAGAAUGAUGAAAACAUUCAGUGCCUAACUGAUCAACUUACUAAAACUUUCAAGUUGAUACGUUAAUACACUUAUUACUAAAUUGGUUAUUUGUGAAUGUGAGGAAAAUUACUGCCAGAAAUAAUACCGCUGUACGUCAAGAUUCUGCAACUUUUGUAGUUUGGUAUCACAGAAUCAUAGUGAUCAGUAAAUACAAUUGCUUGACACAACUUUUGUAGUUUGGUAUCAAAGAAUCAUAGUGAUCAGUAAAUACAAUUGCUUGACACAACUUUUGUACUUUGGUAUCACAGAAUCAUAGUGAUCAGUAAAUACAAUUGCUUGACACAACUUUUGUACUUUGGUAUCACAGAAUCAUAGUGAUCAGUAAAUACAAUUGCUUGACACUAUACUGUAGUGCAGCAUCAUCAAUAAGCCUACUGCAGCUGACUACUUGGGGCUGUCGCAGACCUGCGUCGAGUGACUGGAACGGAUCAUUUUCACCGUCGCAUCAUUGCGGCAAGUGACCAUGAAGUGUUCAAAUUGCUGAAAUUUUCGGCUCAGGAAAUGCUGUUUGACUCUGAACAGUACUUUUUCCAGGUGGCAAACUGACUUAACUGUCAUUGUUAUCGGAGGAGGAAAAAAGAUGCUUUAACUCGACAAUGUUUGCUCAGUUUUCAAAAAUAUAUUUGUGUAUAAUUUUUGGUUCAGUGUGUUACCUAUAUUGACACAUGUAUAGAUGUGUACAGUUACGUAAUAUGGACAUAUUGUGUAUUCCUUUGUGAUGGUACCUGUGGUUGUGAUAAUGCAGAGAUUGUGAUUUACAGAAUUGUACUAGAUUCAUUCCAAGACUUUUUAUUUUAUCAGCAGCAAAAGAAAGUACCCAGCCUGUUUUUGGAGCAUGUGAAUGUAAAUGUUACAUCUUUGAUUUACUUACCAUUUAACGUCAGUGCAUGCAAGAAGGAAAUAACAGAACAAAAUAAGCUACAGGAUGGAGAGAUUUCACUAGACGUUUAACUUCAAAGAUACAUAACGAAGUGGUGACUGGUGUUUCCAAAUGUUUCUUUGAAUAUAGUAUAAUAAUACUAUAUAUUCAUAUAUAGUAUAAUACUAUAUUCAUAUAUAGUAUUUCAUUAUACUCAUAUAGUGUGGAAAUAUAAAUCAUACCUGUCUGCCCUGGGGAGCAACACUCUGUCUUCAUCAUCCUCGGUUCCCCACUAGAACUCAAAAUGACUGAUUAGUUAUAAUGUUUAAGUAUAUUUUCCUGUUUGACUAUAGUGUACCUUGUUCUUCAAGCAGCUGUCAGAAUCCCUCUUAAAUAGCCUAUCUGUAAUUUUCUAGUGUCAGUAGUUUUGAAAAGGGCCUUCUCCGUACUCCAUUUGUCAAUUUCUGACAUGCCUCAAAGUUUCCACCAUGCUGGUGGAGCCUGUGGGUUUUUUGUCCUUAGAGUAGGCCUACAAGUAGUUUAGUAGACUCUACCAAUCUAGCAGAUAAAAAAACGUGAAGAAAAACCGUAAAUGUUCUCUUCAUUGUCUUCUAUGAUGUAGACUAGAAUCAGGCGCUAUACUAUAGCACAAUAGGUGAUCCUUAUACUUCAAAGCUAAUUGAGAUUCUCCUGCUGUUCAAUCUGUUGUAAGUCAAAUAAAGAAUACUCUUAGUCUGAGAACAUACAGAAUGCCUUCAGCUUUCAAAAGCUAGCACAUGCACAAAAGCACUAGUAAUAUUCCUCACAGUGUCUAGUUGAGACACGUGAACACAAGACACUGAGAAAUAUUCCUCGUAGUCGUACUUGCCUGCUUGCAUUUGCUUUUUAUAGCUUGAAGUUUAACAGUUGUCUAUGUUCUCUGCCUAAGAUGGGGUUUGGAAAAGGAAUGUUGUAACAUUAGGGUACUUUUCUUUGCUGCUCAGUAGAUCCUGGAUGUUCACAGGAGUAAGGUGCUUUCUUGUUAUUUUAACAGCUUCAAAACUGCCGUCCCCUUUGAUGAUUCUGUCCAGUUUUCCAAUGUUCAUAAUAAUUAUAAUUUAAAUUUUGUUGUUUUAAAAAAAUAUAUUUUUAAAUAUGGUCGCUUUUGAGCACA